AUGCGCCAAGAAGCCUCAGGACUCUUUCAGGCGGGCGUUUUCUACCCGUCCUUUGCCUACCGAGGGGACGAACGCCUGGAGAAGAAGAACGUGUGGAAUUUCGAGCUGGACGGCCACGAAUGGGACUACGCGCCUUCCCUCCUCAUGUAUACUCGUGAAAUCCUCCUACAUCUUCCUCCCCUCCUCAACAGCCUCUCCCUUCCCUUGCCCGUCCCUCCCUCCCGCCCUCUCUCCCGCCCUCCCUCCCUCCUUCGCCUCAGCCCGCGGGGCUAUGCCAACAAGAUCGCCGUCAGUACUGGGGGAGGCUCUCAUUUCUUGCGGCACACCGACAAUAACAACGGGGACUCGAGGAAGAAUGGCCGUCCGGGAAUGGCGGACAGCUGCGGCUUUAUUCUCGAAGUGGGGCAUACGGACAAGAGGAAGGCUUCAAGAAUACAAGCAGGGGGGAAGGAACGGAGGUGGACGGAGGAGAGGAAGGCCAUGUUGACGUAUGGCCGGAGGGAGAUACCCUUGUCAUGUUUUUGA